GUUCUGCAGCAGGAUACACUGGGUUUGCCGGGCAGUUUUCAAACCUAGUGUAUUUGCUGCAGAACAAGCCCUUUCCCCUUCAGCCAAUCACAGGCUUUACACCACUGCGGCCUGUGAUUGGCUGAAAAGUGAAAGGUCCUGUAAGAUGAAUAGAGCAGGGACCAGAGCGCACGGAGGGGAACGGCAUCUGCAGGGACCGGGAUUAGAAGACUCAUCUACAGCUAUCUUAUUUGUGUUUAUUGUCGACUACUCUACAGAACAGCUAUACAGAAGACUCAUCAACAGCUCUUUUCUUUUGCUUUAUUGUCUACUACUUAUCAGAGCCGCUUUUCAGAAAAUGCCGGGCUGCAUUGUCAACGGUUGCAAGUCAAGGAGCGUAAAAGGCGACCAUAAUAUCAUCAUGCAUUCCUUCCCAAGAGAGAGGGAUCGUAUCAUGGCAUGGCUAUUGGCUACAGAUCAAGAGUUUCCCAAAAUUGAUGAACUGGUUGACCACAUUCAUCUCUCUAAAACGAACAAUUAUCGGCUCUGCUCAGCCCAUUUUAAAACUACUGACUAUACCUUUAAUCCAAAUUCAGGAAAACAGAGGCUCACCCCCUUUGCCGUUCCUAGUAUUUUCCUACACGGGAUAUACAAGUUCAAGCUGCCGAGGCAGUUGAGGCUGAAAUCCUGAAUCCUCAAAAGAGGAAAAGAUUGGAUGAAGACGUAGCUUCAACCAAUGGUUUAAAGCCAGGGGAAAUGUGCCCAACCUGCCGAAAUAUUGUACCUCAUGUUAACCCAACUGAAACGGAGCCACAAGCCUCAGAGAUAACGAAAAAGGAAGCAGCAACUAUAUUUGACAGGAAUUGGGGAACCGGAAAUCAGUGUAUACAAGUAAAACCUACAACUUUCUCUAUAAAAAUACAAUGCAGAAGACUGGUUAAAAAAAAAAUCUUGAGAAAAAAAAAAUCAAGACAAAGCUUGGUAUUUGGAAACCUGCCUUCGGAGCCAUUGCAAGGUGCCAGUGUAAUAUUUUCGACUCCGAAAAAAAAUAUAGGACCAACUGGAUCAGCAACUCUUAACAGUGUACCUGAGUUUCAAGAAAGUUGUAGAGCUAGACACGAACUACUACCUGCCACGCUUUUAUCCGAAUUGACAAUUUCACCUAUACAACCUAUUGAAGACCCUGAAGUCACUGUUAUUGUGGAGGAAUCUACUCUGCAUGCCCCUAUAUCUGUUUUAGAAGUAGAUAAAAGUUUAUCAACAAUCACAACUCCAGUCUCAACAAAUGAAAGUAGUUCAAGUGAUGAUGAGGGAGACUCAGUUCAUUCAGAUGAUGAAGACUACGAAGAAGAGGACAGUCAGCAUGUGCUGAGUGAAAAAUUUGUAAAUGUAAAUGUACCACAUCAUGAAGAAAGAAAAUUCAUAGUUUAUGAAAGCUGUUUGGACACAUUACUAUACAAGAUGCCUUGUACCUCUAAUCCACCCUGCAACAAAAAAAUACUAAGAGUGUAUAAAAAAACAAAGGGAUCAUAUAUUUCAGUCUUUGCUGAAUUCGAGGCCAAACAUUUAAAAUGCAUAUGGCAGAGCCAGCCCCGAUUGGGAAAGAAACCAUUUGGAAAUUUACAGUUAGCUACUGCUAUCAUUACUAGUGGAAACACUUACAUCAAAAUCCAACAGUUCCUAAAAAUAUUUAAUAUUUUGGGAAUUAGCCAGGCUACUUACUACCGUAUCCAAAAAAUAUAUAUAUUUCCUGCAAUUGAAAAUUCUUGAACAAUUAAUCAAAAAUUAGAAAUGGAAAAAAUAUCACAACAUGCAGUAUGUGUUGCUGGAGAUGGACAAUGUGAUUCACCCGGGCACAGUGCAAAAUAUUGCAUAUACACAUUGAUGGAUGUAGAAACUAACAAAAUAUUGAAUUUCAACAUUCAACAAAUCGGUAUUGGUUUAUCCUCUGUUGCCCUUGAAAAAAUAGCGUGCAAGAAUGCCUUGGAAUUUCUACUGCAAAAUAAAGUGGACAUAGACAUCAUUUGCACUGACCGGCACGUAUCCAUCAGAAAAAUGCUGCGUGAGGAAUAUAAAACAAUUGGUCACCAGUUUGAUGUCUGGCACUUAGCGAAAUCUAUUGGAAAAAAGCUACUUGCCGUCAGCAAAAAAAAACAAAAAACUGCCAAGAUUUAGCAGAAUGGAUAGGACCAAUUAAAAAUCAUUUAUGGUGGAGUUCUAAUACUUGUGAAUGCAAUCCAGAUGAACUUGUAAACAGAUGGAACUCUGUCUUGUACCAUGUCACCAACGUUCAUUUUUGGAAGGAUGAUAAUGGUCAGGAAUCAUCUUGUCAUCAUGACCAACUCCCUGAGGACAUUCAGUCCACCCGAAAAUGGUUAAAAAAACAAAGUGCCUGUUAUGUUGAACUUGGAAAAAUUGUCAUGGAUACAAGACUACAAAAAGACCUUAGACAUCUUAGCAACUUUUGUCACACUGGAGAUCUGGAAGUGUUUCAUAGUUCACUAACAAAAUACAGGCCUAAAAGACUUCAUUUUAGUACAGACAGGGUGUAUGCUCGAACACAGCUUGCUGCUCUUGACCAUAAUUAUAAUGAAUAGAGUGCAAGCAGUUGUUACAAGAGAGACUGAAACUAGCGGACCUUUAGGCACACCGAGGUACAAUCUUGCCUAUUCAAAAGCCCGGAAAGAGUGGUUUGUACGAUCAGUGUAUGAGCCAACCACUCAGGAAUUCGUCUCGAAAAUCAUGCAGGAUGUAAUGGGACUUGCUGAUGGAAACAUUUCCAUAGACUGGACCUCUCGCCGGUCAACAAUGCCUUCUAAUAUAGCACCAAUUGAAAAACCAGACAAACAAUCAAUGGUUGAAAAACACCACUCAAGAUUUAAAUUUUUUACUUGUUUGUUAUGUGCUAUAUACUUGUUUAUGUGCUAUAUUGUUUAACAUGCAUAUUCAUGUAUAUUUUCAUGAGUAAAAAAUACUUUUUUUUAUUAAUGGUUUAUUAUUAUAGUGUUGUUUAUUAAAAAAUAUUAUUACUACUUGUUUUUGUGAAAUGUUUUCAUUACAGAAAAUAAAUUUUAAUCAUCAAUUGUUAAAAAAAAACGUAAAUCAAAAAUAUUCAGUUUCUAAGGAAUUAAUAUUUUUUUUAUAUGCCAUAUAAGACUACCUUUAAACAAGGUAAAAUUUUAUAGAAAACCGGGGGUUAUCUCAUACGCCAGGUGCUGCAGCUGGCCGAGAUACAAGGAGUAUGGAUUAUCUAUUUUUCAGUUGGUAUGUAUUUAAAAUUUCUGCUUUAUAUAGCAACU